AAGAAUUAGCUUUUUAUGGAAAAGAAUUAUCUGAAUGUAAUCUAAAAGACAGUAUAAAUGGAUCAACUGUUAAUGCUAGUCAAUUAGAAUUCAUUAGACAGCCAAAUGAAGAUUCAUUUAAUCCUAUUUCUGAACCUUCCAGCAUGCAACCAAAAGAAAUUGGUGAUAAUAGUUUGUCAAUUGAAAAAAUCAUUGGCAUUUCAAAUCCUGCAUUUAUUGGUAAUAAUGCAUUUAUUGAAGACCAAGGCAAAACAUUAGAUACA